AUGGCGGCGGGGCGGGGGCUGCCGUUGCCGGUGCUGCUGCUGGUGCUGCUGCUGCUGGUGCAGCCGCCGGGGCCGGGGGCGGCCCGGGCCUCCCGGGGUGCGGAGGGCCCGUCCCCCCCGUACACCCCGGACUGGGCCAGCCUGGACUCCAGGCCUCUGCCCGCCUGGUUCGACGAGGCCAAGUUCGGGGUGUUCGUGCACUGGGGGGUGUUCUCCGUGCCCAGCUGGGGCAGCGAGUGGUUCUGGUGGCACUGGAAGGGCGAGCGGCGGCCCGAGUACGACGGCUUCAUGCGCGCCCACUACCCGCCCGGCUUCAGCUACGCCGACUUCGCCCCCCAGUUCGCCGCCGCCUUCUUCGACCCCGAAGGCUGGGCCCGGCUCUUCGAGCAGGCGGGGGCCAAGUACGUGGUCCUGACCGCGAAGCACCACGAGGGCUUCACAAACUGGGGCUCGCCCGUCUCCUGGAACUGGAACUCUCAGGAUGUGGGGCCGCACCGGGACCUCGUGGGUGAACUGGGACGGGCCCUCCGGAAAAGGAAAAUUCGCUACGGAUUGUAUCACUCGCUGUUGGAAUGGUUCCACCCGCUCUAUCUCAUGGACAAGAAAAAUGACUUCCAGUCCCAGUAUUUCGUCCUCGCCAAGACGAUGCCAGAGCUGUAUGACCUCGUUAUAAGGUACAAACCGGACCUGAUCUGGUCUGACGGCGAAUGGGAAGCCCCGGACACCUACUGGAACGCCACAGAUUUUCUCGCCUGGCUCUACAACGAGAGUCCCGUCAGGGACGAGGUGGUGGUGAACGACCGAUGGGGCAAGGACUGUCCCUGCCAUCACGGCGGCUAUUACAACUGCGCGGACAAGUACAGGCCCGGGACCCUGCCGGACCACAAGUGGGAGAUGUGCACCUCCGUCGACAAGAUGUCCUGGGGCUACCGGCGCAACAUGGAGGUCCUCCAGCUCAUGAGCGAGGAGGAGAUCAUUUUGGAACUGGUUGAGACGGUGAGUUUCGGCGGCAACUACCUCCUCAACGUGGGGCCCACGAAGGACGGGGUGAUCGUGCCCAUCUUCCAGGAGAAGCUCCUGGCCGUGGGCGCGUGGCUGAGCGUCAACGGGGAGGCCAUCUACGCCUCCAAGCCCUGGCGGGUGCAGCUGGAGAAGAACGAGAGCAAAAUCUGGUACACAUCCAAGGGGGAGGACGUCUACGCCAUUUUCAACCAGUGGCCGGAGAAUAAUGUCCUGACGCUAACCACGCCCGUCGUCCACUCGGGCACAAAGGUGACCCUGUUGGGGUUCUCGGGGCAGCUGAAGUGGGAGGAGGCCUCGGGUCUCCGAGUCUCCCUGCCCGUGAUUCCCCCUUCAGCCCUGCCCACGGAGUUUGCCUGGACCAUCAAGCUGGAAGGAGUGAAAUGA